AGCGGCCAGAACGACUUCUAGACAAGCAGCUGCGAAAAACCUCCUGCGCCCUGGCUCUCAGGGUCCCCGCUAGGAGCCAGCCUGCGUCCUUCUGAGGUGCACCAAGCAAUGGCCAUCGCUGGGCUCCAGAAACCCUGGUGCGGAGCCCUCUGCGCACAGCUGCUGCUGGCCCUCUGGGUCUUCGGUUUUGUUGGUGAAGCCUGUAAAAAGGUGACAUUAAAUGUGCCUUCCACACUAGAGGCUGACAAGAUAAUUGGAAGAGUUAAUUUGAAAGAGUGUCUCAGCUCUGCUGAUGGAAUCAGGCCAAGCGAUCCCGAUUUCCGAGUUCUAGAUGAUGGGUCAGUUUAUCCAGCCAGAGCUCUUGUGCUGUCUGGCAAGAAAAGAUCAUUUACCAUUCAGCUUUCUGACUCAAAGACACAGACACAGAAAGAGAUCCCGGUAAUGCUGGAGCACCAGAAAAAGGUCCUGAAGAAAAGACAUACCAAGAAUACUGUCCUCAGGAGAGCCAAGAGAAGAUGGGCACCCAUUCCUUGCUCGAUGCAAGAGAAUUCCUUGGGUCCCUUCCCGUUGUUUCUUCAGCAGGUUCAGUCUGAUGCAGCCCAGAAUUACACCGUCUUAUACUCAAUAAGUGGGCGUGGAGUUGAUCAAGAACCAUUGAAUUUGUUUUUCAUAGAGAGAGACACUGGGAAUCUGUUCUGUACCCGGCCUGUGGAUCGUGAGGAAUAUGAUGUUUUUGAUCUGAUCGCCUAUGCGUCCACGGCGGAUGGCUAUUCAGCAGACCUACCGCUCCCACUGCCCAUCAAAGUAGAGGAUGAAAAUGACAAUUACCCUCUCUUUACAGAAGCGAUUUAUAAUUUUGAGGUUCCAGAAAGCAGUAGACUUGGUACUGUGGUGGGAGUGGUUUGUGCUACGGAUAAAGAUGAACCUGACACGAUGCACACGCGCCUCAAAUACAGCAUCUUGGAGCAGAACCCACGGUCACCUGGGCUCUUCUCUGUCCACCCCGACACUGGCGUCAUCACCACUGUCUCUCACUACAUGGACAGAGAGGUUGUGGACAAGUACACACUGAUCAUGAAAGUGCAAGACAUGAAUGGCCAGUUUUUUGGACUGAUCAGUACAUCAACUUGUAUCAUAACAGUGCAGGAUUCCAAUGACAACGCGCCCACGUUCAGACAAAAUGCUUACGAAACCACUGUGGAGGAGAACACAUACAAUGUGGAAAUCCUGCGCAUCCCCGUGGAUGACAAGGACUUGGUUAAGAGUGCCAACUGGAAGGCAAAUUUUACCAUCUUAAAAGGGAAUGAAAAUGGGCGCUUCAAAAUCACAACGGACCCAGUGACUAAUGAGGGUGUUCUGUGCGUUGUGAAGCCCCUGGAUUAUGAAGAAAAUCGUCAGGUAACCCUAGAGAUCGGCGUGAACAACGAAGCUCCGUUUAUCAGAGACGUUGCAAGCCGAGUACCCACCAUGAACCGGGCCUUGGUUACAGUUCAUGUGAAGGACCAGGAUGAGGGGCCAGAAUGCAACCCCCCUGAACAAUAUGUGCGGAUCAAAGAAAACUCAGCCGUGGGGUCCAAGAUCAAUGGCUACAAGGCCUAUGAUCCUGAAACCAAGAACAGCAAUGGCUUAAGAUACAAAAAAUUGCAGGAUCCUAAAGAAUGGGUCAGCAUUGAAGAAGUUUCAGGUCUGCUGACAAUAUCAAAAACCCUAGACAGAGAAUCCAUGGCUCCAAGAAAUGACUUGUAUAAUAUUACAGUCAUGGCAAUAGACCAAGAGGGUAAGUCAUGCACAGGAACACUCGCAGUGAACAUCGAGGAUGUGAAUGACAAUGCUCCAGAAAUCCUUCAAGAUUAUCUUGUCAUCUGCAAGCCAAAGAUGGGGUAUACGGACAUUUCAGCUGUCGAUCCUGAUGAGCCUGUCCAUGGCCCUCCCUUUCGGUUCAACUUGGCAAGCUCUUCUCCUGAAGUCAACAGAAUCUGGACCCUCAACCCAGUUAAUGAUACAGCCGCCCGCUUGUCCUAUCGGAAAAACGCUGAAGUUCAAGAAUACGCCGUUCCUGUCACUGUACAAGACAGAGCAGGACAAUCCACAACCAAAGUCUUGCGAGUUAACCUGUGUGAUUGUACUCAUCCGAGCCAGUGUACGGCCAGGUCAAGGAGUGUAGGGGUCUCCUUGGGGAAGUGGGCCAUCCUUGCCAUCCUGCUGGGCAUCGCGCUGCUCUUUUCGGUACUGCUCACUUUAGUAUGUAGCGUUGUCACUGCCCGGAAAGGAAAACAUUUUCCUGAAGAUUUAGCACAGCAAAACUUAAUUAUAUCAAACACUGAAGCACCUGGAGACGACAGGGUGUGCUCAGCCAAUGGAUUCACCACCCAGACUGCCAACAACUCCGGCCAAGGCUUCUGUGGCACCAUGAGAAACGGUGGGCAGGAGACAUAUGAGAUGAAAGGACACCAGACCUUAGACUCCUGCCGCGUGGCCGGCCAUCACCACACCCUGGAUUCCGGCCGAGGAGGGCACAUGGAGACUGACAACUGCAGAUACACUUACUCCGAGUGGCACAGUUUCACUCAGCCCCGGCUUGGCGAAAAACUGCACGUGUGUAAUCAGAACGAAGAGCACAUGCCAUCCCAAGACUACGUCCUCACCUAUAACUACGAAGGCAGGGGGUCUCCAGCAGGUUCUGUAGGCUGCUGCAGCGAAAAGCAGGAAGAAGAGGGUCUGGACUUUUUAAACAACUUGGAACCCAAAUUUCUUACAUUGGCAGAAACAUGCACAAAGAGAUAAUGCCACCGGGUUACAAUCAGACAUGGCCUCUGCAGUUGUCCCCGGCAUUUGAAACGAAAAGACUGUAAAAUAGAGUUUAUAUUCACUCAGAUUGCUCUGGAGUUAUGCUGGCUUGUGAUACUGUAGCCCAGGCUGGCCUCGAACUCGUGAUCCUCCUGCCUCUGCCUCCUUCAGCAAAUCCUACCGGUGUGAGCCACCACUACCGGCUGGCUUGUGAUAUUGUGACUUUAGUCUAGUGUGCAAUUGACACAUAUUCAGGAGAAAGUGUUUGAGGAGUUCUGAUCUUUUUUAGACUGGCUGUGUGCUGUGUUUAAUCUUCCUGCCACGCUCAACAGGGCAGUGAGCUGCAGUUCCUAGUCUGCCACAGGUCCUGACCCUGGCAGUCUGUUGUGCACACAUCUCGCAUCUCCACUGAGAGUUUCUACGAUACGGCUGCAUCGUGAGCCAAGGAGUGUGUGCAUAUAUAAUGAAUUUUUCUACAUUUUACAGUCUUCCCCCUAGUAAUUUGCAUUGUUAAAGUGGUUUGUUGCUGACCGCUUUUCUAAAAGCACAAGUGUUAAAACAGAGAACCAGCAAACCUCACACUGCAGUACUGGAGUUAGCUGAGGUCUGUAAAGGACCCACCCUGCCCUGAAGGUAUUUACCUAACAAAUUAAUUGGGUAAAACAGUCUAAAAACAGCUAAGUUGUACCAAUAUUGAAGCACCACACACUCAUAAAAAUGGCUUAAGAAAUGAGCAAAACAUUAAGCAACACUAUUUGAAGAAUGUUUUAGGAAUAAUUAAUACUAAAUUACAGAAAACCUUUUGCAAAGCUGAUGAUCUAGCAGCUGCCUCUCUCCGAUUUCACUAGCAAAUACUCUACCGGACUUGGGAAACAAAACUUGGCCAACUAGUCUACUGUGCUGCAGUUCCUUUAUUUCGGCGGAGUCUGAAGCCAGUGGGCGUUCCUACAAAGUGCACAGCAGAGCAGCAUUUCAAAUGCAGCGUAAACAAAGAGGAAAAUGGCAAGGAUCCAAGACAAGACUGGGUGUGGCUCACCUUGUAACAGGAAAUCGGGGGUUUUAAAGGGGCAGUCUUGCUCCUGCCUGGUUACAUGAAUGUAUCAGCCCAUGCCUGCCUGUAUAAUUUGUUUAAAUUCAGAAAUAUAGAUUCGACUUUUAGUGGGAAAGAAAGAGAUAGGCACAUGGAAGAAUGGAUUCCCUUUGCAGGAUAUAUAAAAACUUGUACUCACAAAUAUUAGAAGCUGCCCCUCUGUCCCCUACUGCUGGGACUCACAGCUUGCUGGUGGGGUGUUGGCAGAAAUGACAUGGCUUUCUUGGGACCUAGUGCUGAUCUUUGCUGAAGUUACAUACAUCCUCCAUCACCCUUUUCUUGUUUCUUCCUUUUUCCCCUCUUCCUUCUCUUUGUUUUGUUUUUUUGGGGUAGCUCUUCAUAAGCCAGACUGGCCUUAAACUCACAGGCCUUCUGCUCAGUCUCUGUAUACUACAAUUACAGGCAGAUGGCACCACUGUUGUUCUCAAUGCAGAGCAAAUUGGUCUUAACUUUAAGUUCGGAGACUUUGGGAGAGGGUUGAUACCAGUCCAGAAGCCCAGGCCUCUUGGAUUCCUUUCCCUGUCUGCCAAAGCUGCUUGAAUGAACGGCAACAGAUUCACCUAGGUGGCAAAUCGUCUAGAAACUCAAUCAUCCUUCAGUGUGAGUGAGGUUUCUAUCAGUUUGCUUUGUUAGGGGGAGUUUCUCAGGACAGAAGUUAGGGUGCAUGGAAGGAAGAGAUCAAACUCUCAUUUAGGGAGGACAAACUGAUGGAGCAUUUUGGUGUUCAGAGACAAACCUGCAGGCCAGGAGGGAAGUGAAGCCAGCAGGCCGGUGAACAGCCAAGGUGUUUGCAUUUCCCCAUUUCUCACCCUGCAUUUUCUUCUUGCUCUGAAGACAAUAUAGCUGCCGUUUAGUUUGGUGAAGCAUCAGGCAAGCCAUUGUUAAGACCUCUUCUUAUUUGGAAUGCAGUGGCAGGAAAGAAGGCUA